CUCACUACUCCGAUCUCUGUGAAUAACAUUACAGUUAUUGAUUUCUUGGGUUUUGCGCCGUCGGCCAUAGCGGCCGCUGCGGUUCUCUGUUCAGCUGGCCAGGGCCAAUCGCCGCCGUUCUUCCAUGAUGGAGUAAACAAAGAAAUGGUGAGAAGCUGUCACCAACUAAUGGAGGAUUACGUGGUGGACACGUGUCCCUAUGCUGGCUAUAAAUGCCCCGGAGCCGAGCCGGAGCGGCCUUCGAGUCCAGUGGGAGUGCUCGACGCUGUUAGUUCAUGCGGCAGCUGCGAAACUCGCUCGGAGAACCCAGCGUCAACCAGCGAAGCCGAGCCGCUCAACAAGCGGGCGCGAUCCCCUGAUCCUGCCGGGGAAUAGACCUCCUCUGCAGUAUCCUCAUUAUUCAUCAUCACCAUAUGAAUUCGCCUCUGUUUUUUAGUUGUCCUUUCCUUUUAAUAUCUGUUGUCAGCAAGAGAGAGAGGUUACUUGUAGUUUUUAUUUCUGUCAAUGUCCUCUUUCUGUUAGAAUCAACGGUGAUGGUUUUGAGGGGCCUCGAUUCGGAUGGAGUUAAGGUAAUCUUGAUUAUUUGUGACAUUUAGUUAAUACAUUAAUUAAUUAUUAUCUUUUUUCUUGGUGA